AUGAAGUUGGGAGAGCGAAGGGUGUCUCCAGAGUGUGCAGAGGUGUGCCAGUGCUCCCAGGAAAGAAGAGUCCACUGCGUCCCCUUGGGCUGUGGGGCCGGGGAGGUGUGCACCAUCCGCGGGGGCAGGAGGGGCUGCUUCACCGCCCAGGCCCUCUGCACCGUCACAGGCGGAGGGGCCCACCUCCUCAGCUUCGACGGCCGACCGGCCCGCCUCCGGGGUCACUGCACCCACACGCUGGCCGAGGUGUGCUGCAAUGCCUCUGCCCCCUGGUUCCGAGUGACCGCGGAGAAGUGGCAGGAGGGCGAGAAGGCAGAGGGGAUCACUCGUGUCAGGGUCCAGCUGGUGGGCGCCGACUUCGUACUUGAGAGGGGAAGGCAGCCGACGAUGAAUGAAACACUCAUCUCUCUUCCUUUCAUCAUCCCCUCCGUCGCCAACCUAUCCAGUGUGGGUGAUGAUGUCAUAGCUGUCACAGCGUCCCAGCUGGAAGUGCGUUUCGACGGGGAGGGGAACAUCUUUGUGAGGGUGGGGCCGUCCUACGCCGGCUUCCUGCGUGGGAUGUGUGGCAACUGGAAUGACGAUCCUUCUGAUGACGAUCUGGAGCCUUCCAGAAACGGCAGCGAGCCCAGAUGUGAAGAUAACACCAACGUGACGGAACCUCGGUGCCCCCAGUCUCCCUCUUUUGAGUCCCAGUGCUCCAUCAUCCUCGACAUCGCGGGACCCUUCGCUGUUUGUCACCGUCGUCUGGACCCUGAGAACUAUUACAGGUCCUGUGUGUACGACCUGUGCCUCCAUGGCUCAAGUGGUGCACGGCUUUGCAGAGCCAUCACCUCUUACGAGAAAGGAUGCAUCCUCGAGGGAGUGCAUGUUCCCGCCUGGCGCAGUCCCAGAAUUUGCCACACGUCUAACAUGCCAAAGACAGAUGUUAUGGCAGCAAUGGGAAGGGAGAACCUCGAUGCAGUCAUUGACACUUAA